AGCACACAGCGGAACGCGUCCAUUGCAAUGGUGAGUACUUUCUAUCAGCCGCUCCGAAUGCAAGGCUAUCAUAUCUUUGCAGAGCUUCGGUUUUCCUUAUUCUCGGCGCAUAGUACACCUACUGUUACCGAUUUUCAUUCAUUACUCUGUGCGACCUGGAAAUACUUGGCCUUGAAAGUUUCCGCUGUGGGAUCCUGUUAAUGCCAGGACACAAUCUUCCGGCCCCAGUUGUGAAAAUACCAACUAAACAGCAGCAAAAAUGCAACAGUCGCAACUAGAAGAUCUCCCAACCGAUUUGCCCUUCCGAAUCAUCUCCAAGACGAUCGGGAGGGGCGCAUAUGCAUCCAUCAAGAAGGCAAUACCCUUGGAUGCGCCAUCGCCAGUCUUCGCCGUCAAGCUCAUCCACAAGGGUUAUGCCAUCAGGCAGGGCCGCAUCUCUGCCAAGCAAAUUGUCAUGGAGGUGUCGCUGCACUCGCACAUCGGGCAGCACCCAAACAUCAUCGAGUGGUUUGCCACGGGCGAGGAUGCAGUAUGGAGAUGGAUUGCCAUGGAGUUUGCCGAGGGCGGUGACCUUUUCGACAAGAUUGAGGCCGAUGUUGGCGUGCAGGAGGAUAUCGCCCACCUCUACUUCCUACAGUUGAUCAGCGGCGUGAGCUUUAUGCACUCCAAGGGCGUCGCCCAUCGCGAUCUGAAGCCUGAAAAUAUCCUCCUGUCGGGAAGCGGCAGCCUCAAGAUUGCCGAUUUUGGCAUGGCAACCCUCUUCGAGCACAAGGGCGCGAGGAAGCAGAGCACCACUAUGUGCGGCAGCCCGCCCUACAUCGCCCCCGAGGUGUUGCAGUGCGCGAGGCAGGACAAGAAGUCCGCCGACGGCAUAAAGUACUCGGCCAACCUGGUCGACAUCUGGUCCUGCGGCGUCAUCCUGUUCGUUCUUUUGGUUGGCAACACGCCCUGGGAUGAGCCAACCACGGAGAGCUGGGAGUUCCAGGAAUAUGUACGAACCAACGGUCGAAGCACGGAUUCAUUAUGGGGAAGGCUGCCCGCGGAAGCCCUAUCGUUGCUCCGGGGCAUGAUGAACAUCGAGGCCACAAAGCGCUUCUCGUUUGCUCAAAUCCGCCAGCACCCCUGGUAUACCCGGCGCAACCCACUCUUGACAGCGGACGGCAAGGUUUCCGACCCUGUCGCCCUCGCAGCGCAGAUGCUCGCCGGCCUGCGCAUCGACCUCAACGCCGAGCCCACUCCAUCCCAGCGCCAAUCCCAGCCCGAAGCAAUGGACAUCGAUUCACACCCCGCCUCCUCCUGGUCCUCCAAACUCCCAGCCACGCAACCCGAAACCCCCAUCAGUGACGUCCUCUUCGACUGGGAACGGCCCUCGCUACGCACACUAGGCCGGGCCGACUACGCCAUCUCGUCGACCCAACCAUCCUCCGCCUUGCCAUUACCAGGCGCCGAGCCAAGAAGACCGCCGCACAGCGGCUACAACGCCGCUCUCGAGGCCCUCGCCGAAAACGAGCCCAGCAUGAGCCAGUUCUCGCAAACCCCCGGCGUGCCCCUCUCCCUGACGCAGCACGCCCGCCAGUUCCGCGACAUCGUCCCCGCCUACUCGCUCACGCGCUUCUUCUCGCACGUGCCAGCCGCGCUGCUGGUCCAGAUGCUCCGCGACGCCCUGCACCAGCUCAACGUCCCGCUGCCUCAAUACAAACAACCGAACCCGGCCACGGCUGCCGUCGACCACACGCAGGCCAAUGAGCAUGUCACGAUGCUCAAGGUGAGAACGCUGGACGGGCGGCGCCAGGGCUUGCAUGGCGAUGUGCUGGUCGAUCGGUACCGGUUGCCUCCUGCAGCUGCUGGAAUGUCUGGUGAGGCGGAGGAGGACCAGGGACAGGUGGUGGUGGAGUUGCUGGAGGUGAGGUUUGUGAAAGUCAAGGGGGAUCCGCUAGAGUGGAGGCGGUUUUUCAAGCAGGUUGCGCUGCUGUGCCGGGAUGCUGUGUACAGCGGCGAUGGAGGGGGGAGUCGGCUGGUAGAGGGGAGCGGCGCGUAGGCGCUGCUGCUGGGACUUGUGGUGUUGGUGGUGAAAAGGGUGCUAAUGGCGUUGGUGUAAGGAAUGUGGGAAGAGGGAAUAAGGCAUGAUGAGGUUAUGAUGUUGGAUUAUGGAUACCUGGGCGUACCGAAUGGGAUGGCAGGCUAGCAGUGUGUUUGGUUAUUGUUUGGAGACAAUGUCUAGAGGCUGUAUGAUAUGGUUGAGAGGACAACAUGUUGGUGCUUAGGCUGGGUAUCAUCCAUCUCCAGCAGCAUCGUAUUUCAGAACUGCCAUGUUUGGUGAGGUCAGGAUGGUGUCUGUCUGAUUGAGAUGGAGCAGGUCAACGUCUGACGAACAAAACCGUGAAACCUCGAAGUUGUCACCUGAACCUCUCAUUCCGGCAAAAUUUUUAGGAUUCGACGAGACACUCGCCAGGUCAACAC